ACGAUCAAAAUUGUGCCCUGGAAUGCCCAAAUCAGGAGAAACCAAUCUUCUUCUUCUGGAAGUCCGCAAGUUGCAGAGAAUCCAGAGACACUUAGUCGACCAGUCCCCCACUCGCCUCAUCGACUGCGGCCUGCGUCUGCCAGCAGCCAACCUACUAUCCCAAGCGGCCCAACUGAAUUGCUGACUGAGUCGGCAGCAUCGCUCACAGCCCAAUACUCCUGCUCCGGCCACUCGCCUACUGCCAUGUUCUACAGCCCGAGGCCAUCCACUGCCAAUCGACAAUCACAAUGUCUCUCUAACUCUCUCUCUCUCUCACGCUCUUAGACGUACUCAUAGAAGUCUGGGAAGGUAUGAAGUUCAGCUUAUUAAAUACUCUAAAAAAGUAUUUUUUUUGCUUAUUAAAUACUCUAUUACCAAGCUUCCCUAUUCAGAGGGUAUUUGACGAAUCAGUGUAGUUUUCUAACAUCUUAUUCCAAAUAGCGUAAUUUUUUUUCUUUUUUCUCAAAUAACGCAAAACAGAGUUCACAGGUCCGAAAAUUUGUUCUGCAGGUAUGUCAGCCACUUUCGGAUUUCACUCAUCCGAAUUCAUUUAAUUUUUUUUUAAAUUUUUUUUUGUCUUCUUAUAGAAUAGACGUACACCUUACACCCGC